AAUUAAACUCAUCAUACGAUAAUCUUCUUAGCUCUAUUUUUGUUUAUCCUCCAAAGAAGAUGGGAUCCAUUUCGAAAAUGGAGUUCGAAUCUUCUUCAUCUUCUAGCCCAAUUCAUGUAAUGCUCGUGUCGUUUCAAGGACAAGGCCACGUCAAUCCACUUCUUCGUCUCGGCAAGCUAAUUGCUUCAAAGGGAAUACUCGUUACCUUCGUCACAACAGAGCUUUGGGGAAAGAAAAUGAGACAAGCCAACAAGAUCGUCGACGGUGAGCUUAAACCGGUUGGUUCUGGUUUAAUCCGGUUUGAGUUCUUUGACGAAGAAUGGGCUGAAGAAGAUGACCGGAGAGCUGAUUUCCUUGUAUACAUCUCACACCUGGAGCAAAUCGGGAAACGAGAAGUGUCGAAACUCGUGAGGAGGUACGAGGAAGAGAACGAGCCCGUCUCGUGUCUGAUCAAUAACCCUUUUAUCCCAUGGGUGUGCCACGUGGCGGAAGAGUUCAACAUUCCUUCUGCUGUUCUUUGGGUCCAGUCUUGCGCUUGUUUCUCUGCUUAUUACCAUUACCAAAACGGCUCUGUUUCUUUCCCGACAGAAACUGAGCCUGAGCUCGAAGUCAAGCUUCCUUGCGUUCCACUCUUGAAAUACGACGAGAUACCUAGCUUCCUCCUUCCUUCUUCUCGGUUCGCAGGAUUCCGAGAAGCGAUUCUUGGACAGUUCAAGAAUAUGAGCAAGCCCUUUUGCGUCUUGAUUGAUUCCUUCGACGCAUUGGAACAAGAAGUGGUCGAUUACAUGUCGAAUCUCUGUCCUAUCAAAACCGUUGGACCGCUUUUCAAAGUGGCUAAGACAGUGAUCUCUGAGGUAAGCGGCGACAUCUGCAAACCGGCGGAUCAAUGCAUCGAGUGGCUAGACACGAGGCCUAAAUCCUCCGUUGUGUACAUCUCGUUCGGGACAGUCGCGUAUUUGAAGCAAGAACAAAUCGAGGAGAUCGCUCACGGUGUUUUGAGAGCCGGUUUAUCGUUCUUGUGGGUGAUUAGACCUCCACCGCAUGAUCUAAAGGUGGAGACUCAUGUCUUGCCACAAGAACUUAAAGAAGAGAGUGGUAAAGGUAAAGGGAAGAUUGUGGAUUGGUGUCCACAAGAGCAAGUCUUGGCUCAUCCUUCCGUGGCGUGUUUUGUCACACAUUGUGGAUGGAACUCGACAAUGGAGGCUUUGUCUUUGGGAGUUCCGGUGGUUUGUUGUCCGCUAUGGGGAGAUCAAGUGACCGACGCGGUUUAUCUGAUUGAUGUUUUCAAGACGGGAGUGAGGCUUGGCCGUGGAGCGACGGAGGAGAGGGUUGUUCCGAGGGAGGAAGUGGCGGAGAAGCUUUUGGAAGCGACGAUUGGGGAGAAAGCGGAGGAGCUGAGAAAGAAUGCUCUGAAAUGGAAGGCGGAGGCCGAAGCUGCGGUGGCUCCCGGAGGAUCGUCGGAUAAGAAUUUCCGGGAGUUUGUGGAGAAGUUAGGUGUGGGAGUAAACAAAGUUGCGUUGAACGAACAUUAGUGUUUCAUACUCUCAUGAUCUCAAUCUUGGUGUGUGUUUUCAAGUUUCUUUGUUUUAUAUUUUUGUGGUUUGAAGAUAACGUGGGAUCUUUUGUUAACAAUAUGGAUUUUGUAAUUGUUUAUCAUUGUAUUAUUUGAUUAGCUCAAUCUUCCGCACAAUUUUUAUUGUUUGUGUUAAAAUUCUAUGAAUCGAAGCAUUCUUUGAUA